AUGCAUUUUUCCAACUCUUUUAGGAGCUACAGAAAAGGGGCACAUGAUGAUGAUAAAAUACCGCAAAUCAAAAAGAAAAAUGGGAUUGAAAGGUGGCAUAGAGCUGUGUCUGCUAACUUACUGAAAUGAAAUCUCCUGACACCCAAAGAAGAUGACUCCUCCAGUGGAAGUGACUCAGGUUGUCUUGAAAUCUGUGAAAAUGAGAAAAAAAAGUUUUAUGAUGCAUAUGAAGACAACAAUGGGGAAAAAUGCUUCUGUCCAAUCGAAGAACACAUUAAAAAACUCAAGCUACAUGAUGACAGACCUGUUCCUUAUUUGUCAAAAAAGAGGGGAUACUUUCUAGGCCUCAAAAAGAAGAAAAAGAAUGAGCGGAAGCUGCAGUAUCAUUCAGGUGUGACGGCUGGAAAGCUUCAAACGCAGGUGAAUGAUCUCUUAGAAAAAGUAACUGAAAAGUCCAUAGAUUUACUGGCCCAAAAACUUGCAGAACUCCAGCAGUGUGAGUUUUUGGGAGAAGAGAGACUUCAAUCAUCUAGGCAUUUUCAACUGGCUUCUAAAAGAACCAUGAGGAUGUAUAAAUGUAAACAUAUGCAUUUCCGAUGCACAUGCUGUUGCUAA